AAGUCAGCAUUUUAGACCAAAGUUUUCAUUCGUCGUGUAUUGAGGGCACAGAAGAACAAGAACUGGUACUGCCAUGGCGAGAUCCACCAGCAAAGAUGCUCAAGCUCUUUUCCAAUCGCUUCGUUCAGCUUAUGCUGCCACUCCAACAACCCUCAAGAUCAUUGAUCUGUAUGUGAUGUAUGCUGUUUUCACGGCUCUGAUCCAGGUAGCUUACAUGGCAAUUAUAGGUUCAUUCCCAUUCAACUCCUUCCUCUCAGGCGUACUUUCUUGUAUUGGGACGGCUGUCCUUGCUGUAUGUCUCCGGAUUCAAGUUAAUAAAGAAAAUAAGGAAUUCAAGGAUUUGGCUCCGGAGCGAGCUUUUGCAGAUUUCGUUCUUUGCAACCUGGUUCUCCAUUUGGUAAUUAUCAAUUUCCUUGGAUAAACACCUCAUCUUGGGUUCUAAUUUUCUUCUUUCCUUUGGAGAAUUAUUUAAACCUAGGAAGUAGCUUAUGCUAGAGAUUUUCCUUCCAAACUUAGCACAUUAGAGAGAGAGAGAGCGAGAGAAAGAAGGCAUGCAACUGAGUCAAUGUCAUUCUGAGUACUUUUCUACAGUAAUGUUUUUCCAGACAAUGAAAUACGUCAACAUUUUCUGGCCAUUAUGAUGCAACAGUGAGAACUAUGAUUA